GUUUAAAAACAAACUUAAACGCACGCAAUAUACAAGCAAUAAAAACACCUGCUCUGAAUAUACGUUUUAAAUCAAACAGUUUAUGUAAUUGUAGUUGUAUUUUAUAUAUUUGUCCAUUGAAAACCUUUCAAAUUGACAUUAAAAACAAAUCAAGUUAAAAUCAAGUUGGAAAAAAAUAUAUUAAUUUUCUUGUGUAGUUCCAAACUGAGGAUUUAUAAUCAUGGAGGAGCCUAUGUAUUGUUCGCAACAGAUCAAAAUUCCCCCCGAAUUACCUGACAUUAUGAAACAGUUCACCAAAGCUGCCAUCAGAACUCAGCCUCCCGAUGUAUUGAAAUGGUCUGCAAACUACUUCCGCGCACUUGCCAACGGCGAGACUCUUCCUGUCAAAGAACGCCUCGAAACUCCGGUCGCAACUCAAAAAACCGACACUGGUUUGACACCUGGACUUGUCAGUGUUUUGCACCGACAACUCGGCACGAAGCACGAGCUUACCUACAAUGAGCUGUUCGAAAAGUGGCAAGGACUUUGUCUACCGACAGAACGACUCGAGGAACUGCUGAGAGUCGGAUCCUUUGAUGACAACAUCGAAUGGCUUAAGUUUCUAUCGCUCGCGUGUUCGAGUCUCGCCGGGAACCUAACACAGACAAUGCGUGUCAUUUGCGAAAUCUUAACUCACGAUCCCGAAGGCGGUGCGGCUAGAAUGAGUUUCGAGGUUUUCCAGGAACUGUACCAAUAUCUGGCUCGGGUGGAUGGAAACAUUACUCAGUCUCAAAUUGACGCUGUUUUUGAGUACCUUCAGUACCACGUGGACAAACAAGACGGAAUGGUUCAUCCGAGGAACUUCAUAAAUGAAGAGUGUCCGAAACUGGACGGCUAGACAAAAUCAAUUUUUGGAAUUAUGAGUUCUAGAAUUAAAAUAUGUAUCGAACUGUACGCUAUUUUGCCUCCCCUGUUUUGUGAAAUACUCAAUUCUUAAAUUUCAUUAAUUCAAAAUCUUUACAUAUAACAA